AUGCGAGGAACAGUGGCGUCUCAGUCAGCGGGGGCAGCCGCACUGCUUGCCGUGUUAAUAACGCCGGACGGAAGAAACCUGACGCGGAUAAACAAUGACACGGGCAUGGCGAAGGUGUUGGUGGGCGUGCGAGGUCACGACCAAGUAUGUUUGUUGGUUGUGGCCUCGCGGGAGAAGCUGGAGGCCCUGGAAACGCUGCUGAAACAGAAGGUGGCGCUCGGCGCACAAAUGCCGGCGAAGGCACCCCUUUGGUACCGUCCUAGUGAGUUUAAGUCGAAGUCUUCGGGGUCGAAGUUGAAGGCGGCGGAUGAGCAGGAGGUCGCGGGCCUGAUGGGAGACAUGGACGGAGCGGUGGCUAUCGAUUUGGCGGCUGCUGAGGGAGUGGAUUUGGAAGACUUGGAUUUGACGAAUUUUGCUGAUAAAAUUUUCGUGUCGUUGGAGGAGGGGGCGGCUGAGGGUUUUACGCAUGGUGUGUUGUUCAAGAAGCAUGUUGCAUGGGCCGAUUUACAAGAGAAGGAGUUCGGAAUAGGUUGGCGCCGUCUGUACAUAUGUGACCGGGUCUUUCAGGACGCCUUCGGGAAGUCGGAGUCGGAGAUAUCGUGUGCGUGGCACCCGGAGGUGUCGGCGGAGACACCGUUGGAAGUAUUUGAUGUUCAACGGGUAGAGCCUGAAGAACUGUUGUAUUUGUGGAAGCACACACGGAUGGCGUGGCAUUCAUUGAUAAACGAUCUGAUUGAACGCGAGCACCCGGGUGCGGUGAAGCGAAUGACCCGUUGUCGUUAUCGGGAAGGUUACGGAUCGUCGUUUAACGAUCGGUUGGAUGACUUCAUCGAGCGUCACCCGAGUGUUCGUAAGUGGGCUAAGGGUCUGACGGCCACAGCAGUCGCCGGGAGUGUGGCCACAUUGAUAGGCUGGUGGCGUUGGGGGGACGUACAGUCGUGGUUCUCCAGCGUGCCGUGGCCGUGGUCGGGGGAGACGGAGACGGAGACAACAAUCACCACACUGUCCGAGUUCCAGCGGCCCGAGCCGACUGUCGAAGGCCAUUGGUGGCAAAUGUUACGACAUACACCUGCGAAUGAUACAAAACUUUCGCUGUGGGACAUGCAGCAAAUGGCCGUGCCUUAUGAAAAUUGUACUGAACUCGGCUCUUUGGUGGUUGGUAGCAGGACCUCAAUGCUCGACCGGAUUCAGGACAGCUGCCAGGGACUUAACGGUUAUCUGGUCUGCCACUUCUCCGGCGACCCAUACUUGGCUCGGGAGAAUGCUGGCAGCCAUGUGUGCUAUCCCUUUGGCCUCCUAGGGUUCGAACGGGACAUUAAGAGAACCUUCCGUGGUGCGGGGCUCGUCCGUGGCUUGCGCGACUGUGAGACCUACUGUGGCACUGUUGGCGACGACGUCCAACUCACAGCUAAGGUGUUUCGGCGCAAACUCAUGAGUGCUCUUAGUGAUCCCCAAAAUCACGACGAUGAGCGAGAAACAGAGGCUCUCCGAGCCCUCAUUACUCAACCCUUUGAUCCUUUCAUCUCUGAUAAUACCUACCUGCCCACACUCGAAAGCAUCUCCCCAUUGCGCCAACCCAUCUGCAACUACGUCUUUGUCCACUGUGACAGCACCGACACAACCACUUUCUCCAGGCCACGCACUGUCACACAGAUAAUCGCACACAACUCUUCUGUCAGCGGAGCCAUUAGACGCAACCCAGAUUUUAACAAUGAUGGCCACGAAGUAAACCGGUGCAUCAACAUCUGCAUCAACAACCUCCAGCCGUCUAUUAACGAGGUGCACGGUCAAAUGGGGCCACACUAA